AUGGCUGUCGAGGCUGGCGCGUCUGUCGCCGCUGGUUCCGGCAGCGAUAGCGCGGCGGCGGAGGCGUGGCGCCCGGAAGCCGAGGCGGCGCGAGAUAAAGCGGCGGGCUCAAAAUUCGUGUGGGAGAAAAACUGGUAUCCUGCAGCCGUGGUGCGCGAGUUGGAUCCGCGCGUGCCCGUGGCGCUGACGCUGCUGGGGCGGCCCGUGGUGAUCUGGUUUCACGCGCCCUCCGCGCAGUGGCUCGCAUUCCACGACCUCUGCCCGCACAGGCUAGCACCGCUAUCAGAGGGGCGCAUUCACGAGUCGGGCGAUCUGCAGUGCAGCUAUCACGGGUGGACCUUCGCCCCCGAUACCUCCUGCACCUCCAUCCCCCAGGCCCCCUCCGAUGGCCCGCCGGUGAACACAUCCCCUAAGGCAUGCGCGCGCAGCUACCCCACGUGUGUGCGGCACGGCAUCGUGUUCAUCUGGAUGGACCACUCGCCCUCCGCUGCUGCAGAAGCCGCUGCCUCCCCCGUGCCUGUGGUGCCCGAGCUUGAAGACCCCACCUUCCAAGGAGAUGUUGUUCAGACCGACCUGCAAUACGGCUACGAGCUGCUGGUGGAGAAUCUAGUGGACCCUGCCCACGUGCCCUUUGCCCACCACAAGAUCAUGAGCAACCGCAAGUUUGGCAAGCCACUAGACCUGACAGUGAACGGCAUCCGAGCAACGGGCUUCCAGGGGUCAAACGACCAGGGCGGGCCCUUUGAGUUCCUGCCUCCCACGCUCGCUCGCCAGGAGAUCAUUGUGAAGCCCAAGCCCGGACAGCCCCCCUCAGACCCACCCAAGAAGCUCGUGUUAGCCUUCUACUGCAUCCCAACCUCCCCCGGCAAGUCGCGGCUCAUCUUCACCUUCCCCUCCAACUUCUUCCCGCCCAUCGUCGCCCUCGUGCCGCGCUUCCUCACCCACCUGCGCCAGCUCGUGAUUCUCGACUCCGACCACUACUUCCUGCACGUGCUGGAGCGGAGGCUAGAAGAAGAAAAGCUGCUGUUGGCUGCUGCUGCAGGGGCUAGUGGCAAGCCCCACACCACCACCAGCACCACCGCCACCAUCAGCAGCAGCAGCAGCACGAGCAUCAGCACGAACAAGGCAUACUUUACGCCAACGAGGUCGGAUGCAUUCGUGACGGCCUUCCGCUUCUGGAUGGACAACUACGCCGGGGGAGGCGUCGCCUGGCCGUCCUAUGUCAACCCUGCGCUUCCACCCACACUGCCGAAGCAGCAAGUCAUGGACAGGCAAGUGAGCCACAUCAGUAUCUGCAAGACAUGCCAGUCAGCCCAGCGCCUUGCAUCUCGUGUGCGACUUGCCUUGUGGGCCGCUGCUUUUGCCUGUCUCGCUCUCCUCGCCCUGCUCCCCACCCUCUCUGCUCUGCAACGGUUGCCGUUCUCCCUCGGAGUUGCUGUGCCUCUUGCCGUUGGAGCUCUGCUUUUUGCCGCCGCUGCCCAUUUUGUGGGUCGCUAUAUCGAGCGUACAUUCUAUUAUAGCGAGUAUGUCCAUGCACUCGUGGAGUGA